AUGGCCAAACCCUCACCUUUUGCCCUAUUAUUUAUCUCUAAUCUCUUUCUCUUCUCUUUCUUCUACACGGCGGCGAUUGUCGCCGAUGAAUCGUCGCCUAAAACUGAUCCUCAAAAUCUCCACCUCCGCCUCCUCCACUUCCUCCACCUCCACCUCCACCAAACUUCGCGCCUUCGCCUCCACCUCCGAGUCCUCCUCCACCUCCGCGUCCUCCUCCUCCUCUCACCUCCGCUGUCCCUCCUCCCCCUCCUCUUCCAGCACCUCCUCCUCCUACUUGUGCCAACCAUCCCCCAACCCCAUCGCCACGCCGCCCACCACCGCCACCCACCUCCACCUCCACCUCCACCCCGACCCCCACCCCCACCCACCGCCCCCAUCCCCACCCUCACCCCCGCCCCCACCCCACCUCCACCAUCGCGAACCAAAAUUGCAUUAAAGGCCAUAAAUAAUUUCAAACCAAGAAUCGAGUUUGACCCAAAUAAUGUCACAGCGACGUGGAAAGGGUCAGACGUUUGCAAAUACAGAGGAUUCAUAUGCGACACAGUUCCUGAUUACAAAAGCGAGGCGGUGGCUGGAGUGAGCUUCAACAACUUCGAAUUCAGCGGUUCUAAGCUAACUCUAAAUGGGUUCAUCGACCAGUUACCAGACAUCACUUUCUUCCAUGCAAACUCCAACAACUUCAUCGGCACCGUCCCUGAACUCAUCUCCGAUCUCAGAUUCUUCUACGAGCUCGAUCUUAGCAACAACAAAUUCACUGGCGAUUUUCCAAAGCAAGUCCUCGGCGCCACUAAACUCACGUUCCUAGACAUUCGGUUCAAUGGCUUCUGUGGUCCGGUCCCAGAGAAGCUGUUUGAUAUGGACAUUAUCACUGCUAUCUUCCUCAACAACAACAAGUUUAACAACUACAUUCCGGCUAACCUUGGCAACACCCCUGCUCGGUACCUCACCUUCGCCAGCAACGAAUUCACUGGCCCGAUCCCAAAAAGCAUUGGAAUCGGAAAAACAAAGAAGAACCUAAUCGAAGUCCUCUUCUCCGACAACAAGCUUUCCGGCUGUUUACCAAUGGAGAUCGGUCUUUUAGAGAAUGCCGUUCUCUUCGACGCAAGCAAAAACUCCCUCACCGGCCCAAUCCCACAUUCCUUUGCCUGUUUAGCCAAAAUGGAGCUUCUCAAUUUCGCCGACAACCACUUCUACGGCGCUGUUCCGGAGGCCGUCUGCAAGUUACCAAACCUCCAAAACUUCACUCUCCGCAACAACUUCUUCACCCAAGUCGGCCCCGUCUGCCGGAACUUGAUCUCGAAGAAAGUUCUAGACGUUUCUGGAAACUGCAUUUUGGGUCUGCCGGAGCAGAGAUCGGAAGAGGAAUGUACCCAUUUCUUCACCAAUGUUGAGUACUGUCAGGAUGAGAAGUCAAUGAAGUACAUUCCUUGUAAAGGGAAUUGGUAUUUGAAUGAAGAUCCGGCCGCCGUACUCCGUCGGCCGGCGAGGAAAGUGACGGAGAUGAGAACUUACGCGGCUCUUGUCCCGCAUUAAAUUUCUCAUUCAAUAUGAUGUUUAUUUUUCUCUUAUUUUCUGUGUGUUUUUAUUAUUAUAUCUUUGGUCAACAAAAUUUAUAUAUAUUAUUAAGAAGCAAUGAAAAAUAAAGAUAGUAAGUUGAGGAUGGUAAUUUGUGAAAUGUAUGUAAUAGUAACUUCCAUUUGUAUUGGGAUAUAAUCAAUUUAUAAUAGUAAAACUCUAGCAUAUUUGUCAAAAUGAGCUUUA